AUGCUGAUGAAAGCAUUUCUAUCCGGGGCAGCUCUGCUUGCCUCGCUGGCACCAGUUCACGCUUCACUGAGUCCGAAAUUCCAUGGCGCUUCACCAAAGAUCAACAAGCGACAGGUUACCUUCCCAGCGAACGUCACAGACUACAAGACCAUCACAACACCGACCGGCGUCAAGAUUCGCUACAAGGAGCCAGGCAAGGAGGGCGUUUGCGAGACCACACCCGGAGUCGACUCAUACUCGGGAUACAUUGACAUUGCGCCAAAUGUGCACAUGUUCUUCUGGUUCUUUGAGAGCCGACGGGAUCCUGCCAACGAUGACUUCACCUUGUGGCUGAAUGGAGGUCCGGGCUCAGAUUCAUUGAUCGGUCUCUUCGAGGAGUUGGGUCCUUGCCGCAUCAACGAGAACCUCACGACAGUGUUGAACCCUUGGUCUUGGAACAAUGUGUCAAACAUGCUCUUCCUCAGCCAACCUAUUGGUACUGGACUGUCUUACGCGAAAGAGCAACAGGGUUCUCUUGGUAACUACACUGGACAGUUCCUGAACUCAUCUCAGACAAACGUAAACGGCACAUGGCCGAUCCUUGACCCAGUCAACGUUGGCGAAAUCGACACCACUGAUCUCGCGGCUGUUGGAGCUUGGCACGUACUUCAAGGAUUCCUCUCUGGAAUCGACAAGCUUGAAGGCAACGAUAUGAAGGCCCCAAAGAAGUUCAACCUCGCCACUGAGUCCUACGGUGGACACUAUGGACCUGCAUUCUUCAACUACUUCUACCAGGAGAAUGAGAAGAUCAAGAACGGCUCGAGCAAGGGCUAUGCCAUGGACUUCAACUCUCUGACCCUGAUCAAUGCUAUCAUUUCGGAGACGAUCCAGGCAGGCUACUACCCAGAGUUCGCUACCAAGAACACGUACAACAUCACUUCCUACAACGAGACGGUCUACAACUAUGCCAAGUUCGCCAACAACAUGAUUGGUGGCUGUCAAGAGAUGAUCCAAAGUUGCGAGGCGGCUGCGAUGGAACUGAAUGGUGGCUCUGUACGAGGCAGAAUUACCGACAUUGCUUCGAGAAGUCCCGCGAUUGCAGCGAUUUGCAGUGAAGCUCAGAAUAUGUGCAGAGACAAUGUGGAGGGGAUGUACUACAACUACGGAAACCGUGGCGUUUAUGACAUUAGGCACCCGCGAGCCGACCCAACUCCACCGUCCUAUUACGAAGAUUACCUCAACCAGGCGCACAUCCAGCAAGCUGUCGGCGUCUCUGUCAACUACACCGGAAGCAACAGUGAUAUCUACUAUCAAUUCCAGGAUACUGGCGACUUCAUCUACCCUAACUUCUUGCUCGAUCUUCAAGAUAUCAUCGCUAGUGGUGUCCGCGUGGCCUUGGCCUAUGGUGAUGCUGACUACAUCUGUAACUGGUUCGGAGGACAAGCCGUCAGUCUGCAAGUCAACCACACGCACAAGGCAGAAUUCAACGCAGCUGGAUACGAGCCUUUCAUGUACGGCGGAAUGGAGUACGGCGAGACUCGCGAGCGCGGCAACUUCUCCUUUACUCGCGUAUACGAGUCCGGUCAUGAGGUCCCAUACUACCAGCCACAGGCCGCGCUUGCACACUUCGAGCGUGUGAUCAGUGGUGUCGAUAUCCCACAAGGUAUCGAGAAGGUCUCCGCCAGCUUGGUCAGCAAUGGCACUGCCAAUGCUACACACACGAACGCGUUCGUGCCACUGCCACCUACGGAAUCUGCAGGAUACGCCUCGUGGAGUGCAAGCAUUGUUGCUAGCUAUGAUGCUCUGGACCUCUUGCCGCCACCGACAGCCACUCCUACGCUCUAG